AUGCCGGAUUUUGAGCAUUUCGGAUUUUCUCACUCCAGAAUGAAUCCUGUAUUGGGAGAGCAUGUGUACCCGUUCCAGCAGAACCAGGUGACGGGCGUAUCGGACUCUGCGUCGUCGGGCUAUUGGACAGAUUCGGUGUAUGGCGCACCUGACUCGGGACUUUUCUUCGGCGAACACGCGGGUGGUAUUGGGCAAGAAGGGGUCACUGGGUUGGACCUGGGUGCGUUUCCUCCUUCAGGUGCAUCGUAUCUGCACUUGGGUAACUAUUUGCACCGGGGGUCUACGCCACCUCCAGCCGCCACUGCCCUGCGUAACGACCUGGGCUCCAAUAUAAGCGUCCUCAAAACUCUGAAUUUGCGCUUCCGCUGCUUUUUAGCCAAAGUGCAUGAACUGGAACGCCGGAAUAAAGUGUUGGAGAAGCAACUCCAGUUAGCUUUGGAUGACAGCAACGACAGUGGGGAGUGUGAGCACUAUAAGAAGCCUUUAACUCGAGAUGUUGGAGUUCAAACCGACUUUGUUGGGUUCAUUCCUAUAAGGCCAGACCUGAUACCCGUUCAGAACGCAAAUGACACCGCGUGUCUGUCCGGAGGCUUGCUGUCACCUAUAUUAAAUAGCACCAUCCUGCUUCCAGAGUCCUGUUAUAAAACAACCCAAGGAAACCUAACUCCAACAAGUCUGAAGGACUCCAAUUACAAUCUCACCCCUAACUUCCCCAUCAGCCCGGUGUCACCCAUUGAUCCAGCACCAAAAACAUUCAGCAAUAUUAACGGCAAAUAUGUCAACACUGGGAUUGGCUGUACAUCAAACCCCACAUCUAGAUUUCAUGCUGGGUCGCUCUGGUACUAUAAGAACACCCAGAUGUGCAGCACCGGGCGUGAGCCGCGCGUCGCGGGUACAGGUGUGCCAUCACGGGUGACUCCUCCAGACGGGGUGGGUGUCCAGAUUGACACAAUCACACCAGAGAUCCGGGCCCUGUACAAUGUGCUCGCCAAAGUGAAGAGGGAGAGAGACGAAUACAAACGAAGAUGGGAAGAAGAAUACACAAUGAGGGUGGAUCUACAGGAAAAGAUUGCAGAGCUUGAAGAGGACCUGCAGGAGAGCGAGGUGUGUCAGGAUGAGCUGUCUCUCAGGGUUAAGCAGCUUAAAACAGAGCUGGUUCUUUUCAAAGGUCUCAUGAGUAAUAAUCACUCAGAUUUGGACAGUAAGAUCCAGGAGAAGGCCAUGAAAGUGGAUAUGGACAUCUGUCGCAGGAUCGACAUCACAGCCCGCCUGUGUGAUGUAGCUCAGCAGAGAAACUGCGAGGAUAUGAUUCAAAUCUUCCAGCAAGUAGCCACACCUCCCUCAACCUUGACACGCUAUACUCGAAUACCAGCACCACAGACAACCAGAGGGAACGAGAGUGAUGAACCAAUAAGCAUUUCCGAGAGCGAGGAGAGCAGAAAUAAGGGAGUAGAGCUGUGUGGCUCAGCAGCCAGUCAGAUCAAUGAGGAAAUGCAGAGGAUGCUCAACCAGUUGCGUGAGAGUGAGUUUGAAGAUGACUGUGAUAGUCUUGCAUGGGAAGAGACUGAGGAAACUCUGUUACUCUGGGAGGAUUUUCCAGGAUGCACCUUCAGCGUUGAGACUCAAGGGGAGCAAGAGGAGUCCAUAGAGAAAGUGAUAAAGGACACAGAGUCUCUUUUCAAGUCCCGUGAGAAGGACUAUCAAGACACCAUAGACCAAAUCGAGCUGGAGUUGGCGACAGCUAAGUCCGAUAUGACAAGGCAUUUACAUGAGUAUAUGGAAAUGUGCAGCAUGAAAAGAGGGCUGGAUGUUCAGAUGGAGACCUGCAGACAAUUAAUCACUCACAGUGGAGACAGAAAGUCCCCUCUUCUCAUUUCGGUUUCUGUGGAAGAGGGAGAGGAUGCAGAGAGGGAGAGGAAGAAAGCAACUUCUGCAGCAAAUUCUGACAGUACUGAACCGUAUUAUGACAUGCAGUCAAACUCUGCUGGCCCGGAGCAAACAUGGAAAACAUCUUGA